GUAAAGUUGGUCAAAAUCCUACAAAUCAAUUUUGUUUUUCUGGUAAAAAAAAAUAAUAAAACAAAAUCAAAAUCAUAGCGAUAGAAUGAAAAAAAAAUAAAUAUAAAUUACAAGGACUAAAUUGCAAGUCCAAGUCUAGGAAGGAAAGAAAAGUACUGGGUGCGGUUACAAAAUACAGAAAGUACUUGGUUUUGGUACGGUAGCAACCAAUAGUAUUAAUAUAAGUGGCAGUGAGAGAUCUCUAGAACGAUUGGUGCGUGUAUCUCACUCGCGUAUAUUCAAACAGUUUCGCUCAAGUCCAAUCCAAGCCGGCAACCCCAGAAACACACACCCUCUGCUUCAGUCAAAUUCCAGUCUUCUCUUCAAAACAAAAACCCAACAAGCUUCUCUCUCUAAAACCCCCUAAAACCAAAAGACUUUCUAAAAUCUCGCCACGUUCUGAGAAUACCCAGAUUGGGUUUUUCUUUUCUUUAAUCCUUUCCUUCUUCUGUAACUGCUGAACAACAACAACAACACCACCUCUGCUUUUGGGGGUACCCCUCAUCUCCACUUCCCCCUGUUCUCCCUUCGUGGUUCUGGAUUUGUUUUUCUUUCUUUCUUUUUCUGUUUUUUCAGUUUCUUUGUAAUCGGAUCUCAUCUUGAAUGUGAUAGAAGAAAAGGGUUUUCGGUUGUUGUAAAAAUGGAUGAGAUUGGGGCUAGUUUGGAUGAGGAAACUGUGGAUGAACACACAUUCAUUAACAUUGGAAAUCGAAGCCCAGCAGAGGAUGAUUAUGUUGAUACAUUGCUUGUAAAGGAGAAAAGUUUUGGGUUUAGAAAAGAUAAAUCUUUGGUGUUUGGGAACUGGGUGAAAUGUGCUCGUUUGGAUGCAAUUGCAUGGAUUCUCAAAACCCGAAAUGUGUUUGGAUUUGGUUGCCAGACGGCUUAUCUUUCAAUGAUAUACUUCGAUCGGUUCCUUUCGAGGAGAGCCAUUACUAAUGAGAAGCUGUGGGCAAUUAGGCUAUUGGCAGUGGCUUGUCUUUCCUUAGCGGCGAAAAUGGAAGAAUUGAAGGUUCCAGCACUGUCAGAAUAUCCAGUGGAUGAUUUCAACUUUGAAAGCAAGGUAAUCCAAAGAAUGGAGCUUUUGGUGUUGAACACAUUGGAAUGGAAGAUGAGUUCAACAACUCCUUUCUCCUUCAUUCCUUAUUUCAUAUCUAAAUUAUCCAUUGAAUCCCCACCAAGCAAUAAAGUUUCUCAGAUUGUCGAACUCAUCUGGGUCAUGAUUAGAGAAACAAGUACAGAAAACCAUCGGCCUUCUGAAGUAGCAGCAGCCACAGCCAUUUUAGCAGCAAUGGAUGACAGAUUAACAAGGAAAGCCUUGGAAUUGAAGAUGAAUUCCAUUUCGCAAUGUAGAUAUCUUGAAGUAGAAGAGGUGGUUUCUUGUUACAAUCUGAUGCAAGAGCUCAGAUUGGAAAAAUGUAGAGAAGAAGCAGAGUGUUUGAAAUCGCCAGAUUUAUCACCAACCCAAAUGAAAUCCAUGGAUUGUUCUGAAAAUUCUUCAGUAACAUCGACGAUUGCCUCGAAAAGAAAACGGCUAAACUUUAGUAACUUUGAUGAAAAAUGUGGUGUGGCUGAAGCAAAACGGCCCCGGUAGAGAGAAAAAUGAUGAGGAAUGUUUUUGUUUUUCCUUUUAGUUUCCAUUUUUACCUUCUCACAAAUGACUUGUGAUGAUAAAUUAGGGGGUUUUAUGACACAAUAAUUGGUUGAUUUGUUGGUUAAUUGAUGAAGUUUUCCCGGAAAAGAACCAAUGAUGAAAGAAUAGAGAAACUAAAAAGAAAAGUACAGAUUUAUUGGGCUGCACCUGCAUGUAAAAAAUAGGAAAAGUGAAAGGUGAAGGAGAAAAGCUGAUUCUGAUUUUUAUUAGGCCAAAGUCAUAGGGAAGGACCAGGAGGCCACAAGGGGGAGGGAGGGAGAAGGGCUUGGAAGAAAGCUGCCGCUUAUAGGACAGCUAUUCUCUUACUUAAUGUUCACUCUCUCUUUGCUUAUAUGGUUUCACUCUUCCUUUUUUACUGGUUUAAAAAUUGUGGUGUUUUUUUUUUAGCUGUCUCUGCGAAACCCUGGCUUUUUCAUGGGAUGCUGGGGAUGCUUUUCUUGGUUUCUUUGAAAAAGGCUGUAAGAAAGUUGAGAGAAGUGAGAAGAGGCUCUGGGGAGUGUGGGGGAAGUGCUGAAAAAGAGCUGAGGAGUGAUGGACAAGCUCUGUUUACUGUGAUUUGAUGCAUCUUUGCUUCAUUUUAGCCUUCAAAAAUGUUUCUUUGUAAAAGGUGAAAGUGAUUGGAUAUGUUUGAAUGUUUGGGGCAAGCCUUUUGAGGUGGGGGCCAAGCUCUUUUCCCUGUAAAAAAAAAAAAAAAAAAAGAAAAAGAAAAAGAAAAAUAAAAACUUAGAGCUUCAGCCUGGUUGUUUUUCCAAGACUUUUUUUUUUUUUUUUAAUAUGUGUAAUAUGGUUUGAUCAAAACUUCAAUGAUAUUUGAUUUUUGUGCACUGUGGACUCUGCAUUUUCCCAAUACACACAGAGUACUGUUAAUCACUACUAUGCAAUGUUUAAACAAAACCAAAAAGUCCAUAUCCAUCCAAUCAAAGAUGGAUUGUAGCUAUCAACGUAAAAGCCAAACUAUUGGUUUGGCAUUUACAAAAAGAUUAAUAUCCAAACAAAGGGGGAAUGAAAGUCAAUUGAGAGUUGAAACUAAAAACGGAUUUUACCCAUUUACCAAGACAAAGGUUAAAGAGUCUUCUUCAUUCACUUUCACCAAGGAGAGAGAGAGAGAGAGAGAGAGAGAGAGAGAAAAGAAGCAAACAAAAUGCAGUCCUUUGGGGAUGGAUGGGAGAUAUGGUCAGGAUCAGGUUGACGUCCCAUGAGAUUGCUUAGGGAUACACCGUGAGCAGUUAUCAGUAGAAUUGUUCUUUUGUUGAAAUGAGCUACAGGAAUCCUACUACUAUAAUGGUACCUUCUCUUUUGCAUAGGAUGCCUAUUUUCUACCCAACUUGAAAUGUGGAUCCCUCUUAUUGGCUUAAAAAAAGCCCCCAUCUAAAAGCUAGUGUAAUUUUUCCAAGAGGUGGUGUACAAAGGGAAACUUUUGCACCCAUAUUUUAUUCAACAUAGGCCAAGUGAUUCAGAAGUUAAUUUGGUGGACUGCAAUGUUUUUUUGAAUGUAGAAUAAAGACAACUAUGCUAAAAGGCUGUGUUUGGCCUACGGAGUUGGGAAAUAGGAGUUAUUACCUACAUUCUUUGUUCAACCAAGGAGAUAAUAAGUCUUACUACUAAAAACAUCAAUUUUAUAUUUUAUCAAUUUUUUAUAUCGUGGUUCCAAAAAUUCAUAAUUUCUAAGACUUCGUAACUUCUUAGAGCUCACUAUUCCACGCUUAAUCCCAAAUAUCUUUAAAGUCUAAAGGGGUUUUGGAGUUGAUACCAUAGAGAAAUUUAGAUAUGAUAUGUCAAGGGAAAGAAAAUGAAAAAGAAAAAAGAAAAGAUGAGUAGUCUUUGAGAGUGAUAUUUCUUAAUGAAGUGACAAAGGCUCUAUUUUUCAAGGAAGCUUCUACUUCCAAUGUAUGAAACUCAAUUUAAAAAGUGACAUCUUCCUAAGCUUUCUUCUUUUGCACACAAUGUGUUUGAUGAUUGAUAGGUUAGGGCGGUGCUAAAGCUUGAGCUGUCAUUUGGAAAUUUGGUGAGAAGAGAGAGAGAUUUGCCCCCACUGCCAAAGGGCAUUCUUGUUUCAGCCUUUUCCUACGCUCCUGUAUCCCUCUCAAGGAAAAGUGAAAACUCCUAUUUUCACCGAUGAGACCUGAUUUAUUACCAUUGAAAAAGGAGUUAUAGUUCACUGAGACUCAUGAUUUUUACAGCUUAUAUAUACCAAGUUUCAAACUUUCAUCCAACUUCAAAGAUCACAACUCGGCUGUCAGCAUAGUUCAAUAAUUAUGUACUUAUAACUUUCUUUAUGAUGAAGAUUCAAUAAAACGUUCAAUUUCACCUGUAUAUCCAAUAUAAAAGGGGCCUAAGAGAGUUAAUGGCUAAUGGUUAAUGGCUUAGAAGGCUUUUAAUUUGUGAGCAUAGCAAUCAUGCCUCAUAGAAGGUCUGGACUCUGGAUAAAACUAUAUAAAUGUAACAAAAAAAAAAAAAAAA